GGGGUGAGGCGGCGCCGGGCUCGGGCUCAGGCUCCGCGGGCGGAAGAGGCGGCGGCGGCGGCGGCAGGAGCGGCGGCGGCGGCGGCGGGAGCCGAGGCGGAGGCUCCGGACGCUGCUCAGGAACCGGGGACGCCAGAGUGCCCGCUCCCCGAGCGCUCAGCCCCGGAGGCGUCAUGGCCGAGUACGGGACCCUCCUCCAGGACCUGACCAACAACAUUACCCUUGAAGAUCUGGAGCAGCUCAAGUCAGCCUGCAAGGAGGACAUCCCCAGCGAGAAGAGUGAGGAGAUCACUACUGGCAGCGCCUGGUUUAGCUUCCUGGAGAGCCACAACAAGCUGGACAAAGACAACCUCUCUUAUAUCGAGCACAUCUUUGAGAUCUCCCGCCGUCCUGACCUCCUCACUAUGGUGGUUGACUAUAGAACCCGUGUUCUGAAGAUCUCUGAGGAAGAUGAGCUGGACACCAAGCUAACCCGUAUCCCCAGUGCCAAGAAGUACAAAGACAUUAUCCGGCAGCCCUCUGAGGAAGAGAUCAUCAAAUUGGCUCCUCCACCGAAGAAAGCCUGAGCAAGGGAGAGGAAGAGGAAGGUUGGACCUUCAUCAGACUACUCUUUCCCCAUCCUCCAGGGGAGGGGCAAGGGCAGCCCUCCCCCAUCUACCCACUUACUAACCUGGUCCUAACCCCCUUACUGUGCGCGUGUGUGUGCGUGUGCGCACGCUCUGGCUGUCUGUCUAUAUGUCUAGCUCAUCUAGUUCCUCCUCCUUGUGAGGGGAUGGGGGUCAGGGGCUGGGGCUGGGGGUGGGGCUGUUUCCCCACUCUAGGGGGAGUUGGGGGCUAUUUCUAUGCAAAUAGAAAUAGACACAUUCUCUUACUUCCCUUUCCUCCACUCUUCCCCUACCUCCCAGAACUGUGGGAGCAGAAAGGACCUGUGUUUUCCGACGUUGAGGAGGCGAGGCGGGAGUGAGGCAUGGGAGAGUGGGGUGAAUCUAACGAAAAGCAGUGAGAGGGAAAAUGAAGAGGCCACCCAACCCCCACCUGGAAGGGGCAAAGAGAAGCCAGAGUUUGUGUUUGUACCCCAAUGCUGGACUGGCUGAGGAGUCCUGUUUCCAACUGUUCCUCAGGUUAGAGGGCCUGGGCACCAGCAGGUCCCCUUUUGCUCCCCUUUCAUAGGCCUAGGGUGGGUAUGAGCCAGAGAUCACUGGAUCCUUCCCUGGCUCCAAAGUUCAAACCCCAUGGAUAACCCAGCACUGAAUUCCACCCCCAUCCCCCACCUCUGGAGAGACUAUGCUGGGAACAUGCCCCCACCACUGAGCCUGAGGGGAUGAAGGCAGAGAGGAGUCCCCUUUUCUACUCCUUUAUUCCUACUCAGACUGUUGCACAUACUAACCUUGGGAGUUCCUAGAAUAGAAAUCCUUAGGUUUUAAUUCCAGUCCUGUUUCCACCUACAGAGUCCCAAUGUGGUUAUUGCAGGCAACGUUCCCUCUCUCCGUGGUCUAGAAGCCCCUACCCCAAGAUAGAAAGAAGGGAAGAAGCUAACUACAGUGUUUCUGUUGCACUGAUCCCCAAUUCAGUCCAGGAGGGGGCUUGGUAACCCCUCUCCCUCAAUAUCCUGGCACCUUGGGCUUGUGAACACCUCCUAGCCAAAUCACUAGAGUACAGUGACCGCAGCCUCCUGCCUGUCCCGAGUCAGCCCUCCCCACCCUGACCGUGCUAACUGUGUGUACAUAUAUUCUACAUAUAUGUAUAUUAAACCCGCACUGCCAUGUGUACCCUUU